AUGGAAAUGGAGUACUGCGCGGCGGCGGAGCAGCAGCUGAGCAGGCUGAGGCAGCACGUCCUCGUCGCGUUGGGCUCCUCGCCGGCGGCGAUGGCAGGCGCCCUGGAGGGCGUGGCGCGAGUGUACGAGCACGCGGAGCCGCUGGCGCGGUCCGCGCGCGCCGACGUGCUGGACGGCGAGCUGGAGGCCUCCGUGGCGCUGCUCGACGCGUGCGCCGCGGCGCGGGACGCGCUCGGCGCCAUCCGCGCGUGCGCGCUCGACGCCGAGGCAGCCGUGCGGCACCGCGACGGCGCGGCAGCCGACCGCGCGGCCCGUACGUACGCGCGCCUGGUGGAGCGGGCGCGCGCGGACGCCAGGAGGCAACGCCGCCGCGCCGGCUUGAGGUCCGACCACCAGGUGGCGGACGGCGGCGGCGUGCACGCGCUGCAGGAGGCGAGGCGGCUCACCGUGGCUGUGCUGGAACGCGUCGUGGCGGCGCUGUCGCGGCGCGUGGCCGCCGCCGCUGGUACCCCUCGGCCGGCGAGCAGUUGGUCCACGCGUGUGGCGAGGGCGUUCCGGAAGAGCGCCCGGGUGGCGUGCGAGGACGCCGCCGACGAGGCCACUGUGUCCUUGCCGGCGCUGCCGUCCAAGGACUCGCACGAUGGCGAGGCGGCAGUGCGGGUGCAGCGGGAGCUGAGGGCACUGGGCGACACGAUUCAGCAGCUGGAGGACGGCCUGGAGCUGCUGUUCAGGCGGCUGGUGCAGUGCAGGGUGUUCUUGCUCAACGUGCGCAGCUGUUAG